GGAGGCGUACCAUACCCCACGCUGGCCAACUCAGAGUUGUAUCGACUGCUUGGCACUGGCUAUCGCAUGGAAAGGCCUGACAUGUGCUCCGAUAGAUAGAUUCGAUUUUUCCGUGCGUCUUUUUAGCUAUAAAUAGCGAUAAACGUUGUAGAAGACAACUCGGCUGGCGAUUUUGACGUUUUUUUCGAUCAAGUUAGGGAGUUUAAGAUACGGCGACUACGGACUACGGCUACGGAUAAAUAUGCUACUGCGCAUGAUCAAAACCACGUGACUGUUCAUUUUUCCCGCGUUGUCCUGCGGCUACGGUGAGUUGUGGAGCUGUUUCGCGUAGUCGGGACUACGGAGAACAUUUUGCUCGUAUUUUGCCGUCUCGGUAAUUCAAGAAUUUCGUCUUUUCGUAAAAAAGUUUUCAAUUCACCUGCUGUAAGUGAGAGGGGAGCGAAAUAUGUAAGUUGUGUCUAAUUUCUGCUCAGAUUUACGCUUUUAAUCCACUGUUGUGACCGUAAAUUUUAUAAGCUUAGCUGUUUAUACGCAGAAUUCAGAUUGACGGCCUAGGAGAAGAGAACUCAUGCAGGUAAUUUACUUUCUCUUCGCACUUGAAAAGUUUCAAUGUUUGUUCGAACUGAUUAGUGAGUCUUUGUACUUGUGUAACCUUUAUUUAUGCGAAUUUUUUGUAUCGCGCCAUUUGCUGAAUGAAAAUGAUGUAAACAUGCUCGAGACAAUCGAAACUCGGCAUUUCAGUACUUCAAACUACAUCAGAUCAGUAGUCGGAGAAGUCCAUCUUCUAAAUCUAAUAAAUGAGCUAUUACUAUUUCUGUCUAUAUCUUUCAUAUUUGACAUAACUAUUCAUGGCGAAAAAUAAAACCUGUGUAACCAAAACUUUGUUUACCAAUUUCACCCGACGUAAUUGCUUCCUUCAAGUAUGGAAGAAUUUGUUCAUUGUUCUAAAGAUAAGAUCACAUGCAAAACUGACUUGCAUUUUUGUGAACUGCGAUAAAAACAAGAAGAUCUUUGGGUGUUGUUUCCCUCUCCGCCUCUUCUGUCGUAGUCUAUUGUCUGUAGUGCAAUCUUAACGUUCUAUAUUUGCACGACUCAACCCAGUGCUACGAAAAAAGGACAACGCUCGUCCAGCCGUAGUUCGUAGUCCGUAGUCUCCGUAUCUUAAACUCCCUAUUGAUUACUGAACAGACGGACGGCAAAAUCUUAGCUUAAAUAUUUGUUUCAUACAGCAAUAUGAUAGUGUUAACACUUUAACAGAGAUCGACUGCAAGGAUUUUUUUCUCCAUGUUCGAUAUUUCCUUAUGGUAAUUGAUUAAAACUAGGUAUUUUUCUCUUACCUGGUAACAGCUUUAUUAGCAAAAUUUGGCGAUGUUGGCUAAGUCUUUCAACUUGGAAAACUUUAAACAACAUUUCCAGCAAACCAUUCCAAAACCAUCCGCCACACGAGGGUCCCAUCGCUGUUGUAUUUUCUCUCGCGUGCCGCUCGCGUGUGUACUUCUCACGAGAUCGCCCUAAGUGGAGAGCUUUCUCGCAAGCUAGGCAAGAAACCGACAAGCCUAAUGAUCCGCCGUGAGUGGCUGCCAGCUGGUUUAAAGGAAAAACUAUUCUACUAAAUCGGGGUGACUUACGUCAAAUAGAAACGGUUUCUAUGUAUGUAAUAAUGGAUUGGAACUCUGACUAACUUAAACUGUUGCAUUCUUUUUAUUCAUAACAGAUAUGAGCUGAUGACUGACUGUUGGAAGGAGGAACUUCGCUCUCGUCCCAGUUUCUUUCAGCUGAUCGAAAGACUGGAGGUGAUAAUGCAGAGGGAUGCACCAUACUUGGAUCUAAACAAACAUGAUGAAAAUCAUCCGUAUUACAACGUUCCCCCUGAAGCUAGUGGUUAUUAA